UGCUUUGCGUGUCUCACGUUCUCCAUGUGAUAACAUGCUGAAGACACAAACCCAAUGAGUUGUAGCACGUUUCUACUCUCCAGUCGUUAAAUCAUAUGCGCAUUCAAGAUGAAGAGGAAAGGUUCGCCGCUAACGGAAGAAAAUCGGAUGGAAACAUCGGACUCCUCUCGUUGCGAAGAGCAGGAGAGUGCAGAGAAAAGCAAACGAUCCAAACAGAAAGACCAGACUCCAGCCACUGGGGAUGGUGUCGUUCGUCCCCUUAAGUUGUCCAAAGGAGAGUUGUACAAAGCUCCAACAGUCGAGGAGCUCAGUCAGUUGAAGGAGGCUGAGAGUCUUUUUCACUGUAGUCUCCUGAAAAUGCAGAUGGAUGAGCUGCUGAAGGAGGUGGCACUGAGUGAGCGCAGGAAGAAGCUGGUGGACUCUUUUGUGCAGAAGAUCACGGCUCUUUUGCAGUCUGUGCCUGACAGUCCAGUGGUGGAGCUAACAGACCUGUCGUGGUUGGAACACUCUGGCAUUGCUGUACCGUUCAUCCUGCUUCCAGAGGCGACUAAGGGAAAGUUCCACAUGGAGCCUCCUGUCUCGGUUGACCUGAUCGGGAGUUACCCACUGGGCACCUGCAUUAAACCAAGAGUUUCUGUUGACCUGGCUGUCACAAUUCCUCCUAGUAUCCUGCACCCAAUGGAUGGCAUAAACCAGAGGUACUCUCGAAAGAAAGCACUGUACUUGGCAGGUCUGGCGCAGCACCUCUCCUCCUCUUCAUCAGUGGGCACACUGCGUUAUUCUUGCCUCCAUGGCAACAGGCUCCACCCACUCCUAAUAGUCACACCCUCAGGUAAAGAGAGCAGCAGCACCACCUUGCGAAUUCACGCCCUCCCUCCUCCGGACUACCUCCAACCGAGCCGCUUCAAGCCUCAGAGGAACAACGUCCGGACAGCUUGGUUCACCGGCCAGGACUCUCAGCAAGAGGUGAGUGAGCCUCCAACUCCGCAUUAUAACAGUGCGGUGUUGGCGGACCUGCUGCCCUGCUCGCACCUGCACUUCCUCAGUGCCCACAGUGUCCAGUGUCCAGCCUACGGAGACGCUGUGGCUCUACUCAAAGUGUGGCUAAGGCAGAGGGAGCUGGACCAGGGGGCUGGUUGUUUUGGGGGAUUCUUGGCAGCCAUGUUGCUGGCUUAUCUUCUCUCCACACACAAAGUGGGCAAAACCAUGAAUGCCUACCAGUUCCUCAGAAACGCACUGCACUUCUUGGCCACCACAGACCUGACUGAGAGUGGUAUUACGUUGGCAAACAAUCCGGAUUCAAAAGCACCUUCGCUGCCUGAGUUCCACAGCGCUUUCCAGGUUGUGUUUGUGGACCCCUCUGGGCACCUGAAUAUGUGUGCAGACAUGACCGCCUGCACUUACAAACAGAUCCAGUAUGAGGCGUCGCUGUCUCUCAAGUUUUGGGAUGACCCCACCGUGGAGGGCUUCCAGACUCUGCUUAUGACGCCCAAACCUAUGAUCAGAGCAUAUGACAAUGUCUAUCAACUGAGUGGCCUGGUGAAAAUGCAAGCCUCCUGUAAGAAGCUCAGUCUUCUCGGGAAUCUCAUGGACCACAGUGGGAACUAUGUUCUUGCGGUGCUCCCCUUUAUUUUGUCCCUCCUGCAAAAGGGACUUGGAGAUAGGGUCCACCUUCUUACUCACUCGCUUCCUCCAGACCCUGAGUGGCCAGUACGUAGCAGGCCCCCUAAACAUAAGGACCAGCCACCCCUGGCUAUUGGCCUGCUGUUGAACCUUGAGCGUGCCCUCUCUGUGUUGGAGAGAGGACCUCCAGCAGACAGCCCUGAGGCAGCUGACUUCCGGCAGCUCUGGGGCUCUCGCUCUGAGCUGCGGCGCUUCCAGGAUGGAGCCAUCACCGAGGCCGUGCUGUGGCCGGGCUCCUCCGUCUGCCAGAGGAGACGGGUCCCCCUAGAGGUCAUCACGCACCUGCUGGAACUGCAUGCAGGCAUUCCCAAAUCAUGCGUGCGCUUCGUAGGAGAACAGGUGGCUGACCUCAUCAGGGUCGGAAAAGACGCGAGCGGUACAGGAGAGGAGGAGAGCCUGAAGGUGGUGCAGUCCUUUGAUGACCUGAGCAGAAAGCUGUGGCAGCUGGAAGGCCUGCCUCUCUCAAUCACAUCCGUGCAGGGCGCACAUCCGGCCCUCCGUUACACCCAGGUAUUCCCGCCUGUUCCGGUGAAGCUGAUCUAUUCGUUCUUUAACCGUGAGAAGAGUUGCCGUGCCUUGGUUCCGAAGGAGAACAAACCCUGUCCUUACUACAUCACUCCCAUUAAAGUCAUUUGCCACAUGGAGGGGAGUGGAAAGUGGCCUAACGACAGCUUGGCCAUCCGACACAUCAAGGCAGCGUUCCACGUACGCCUGGGAGAACUGCUUAAAGCCCAGCACAACUAUACGUCCCGGCCCUCGCCGGCACACCUGGAUGUGUGGAAGGAUGGGCUCGUGUUUCGGAUCGAGGUGGCAUACCACAGGGAGCCGCAGGUGCUGAGGGAGAGCGUGACCCCAGAGGGCAUGCUCAUUCGUCGAGACAACCCAGAGGCCCAAAGGGUGGAGCUGGAGACGCAGCACAAACCCUUCCUCACCAGCACCCUGCACGGGCUGCAGCAGCAGCACCCGGGUUUCGGCGCCGUGUGCCGACUGGCCAAGCGCUGGCUGGCCGCGCAGCUCUUCGGCGGAGACGUCGGCGAAGAGGCCACCGAGCUGCUGGUGGCCUCGCUGUUUCUCCAGCCUGCCCCCUUCUCUCCUCCCAGUUCCCCUCAGGUUGGUCUCCUCCGCUUCCUUUACCUGCUCGCCACGUUCGACUGGAAGAACAGCCCCCUGGUGGUCAACCUCAACAGUAAACUCACAGCCGCCGAACACACCGAAAUCAAGAAUCGUUUUAUGAGCUCGAGAGAAUCCCUACCUGUGAUGUUUAUUGCCACUCCCAACGACGAGACGGCCUCCGUUUGGACUAAGGAGGGCCCCUCAGUGCAGAUGCUCCAGCGCAUCGUGACAGUUGCAGCCAAGAGCCUGCACGUUCUCGAGACCCAGUUUAUGGAUCCCAGCCAAAAGCAAGACAUCCGGGUGGUGUUCCGACCCCCGCUGGAUAUCUAUGAUGUCCUGAUCCAUCUGAGACCCAAACAGGUCCCUCUGAUGGGCCAGUCUGUGGACCCAAAGUUUACCAAGUUGCCCCGGGGAGCCAGAGAAGAGGAAGCAGUCAGUUCAGGGGGUGCUUUCCCCGUCGUUGACUUCGAUCCUGUAAAACUGUAUCUGUCAGAGCUCAAGGACGCGUUCGGCGACGUGGCCCUGUUCUUCUACGACCCGCAUGGCGGAACUGUCAUCGCAGUGCUGUGGAAGCCCAAGACCUUUCACCCACAGCCAUUCAAGACUUCUCUGAUGAACGCGCGGCAGGUGAAUGUGACUGACGCGGCCACCACUGUUCCAAACGUGGAGGCCAUAGUGCGUGACUUCCACGUCAUGGGAGAGGGCCUGGUCAACAAGGUGGAACUCAAGACUGAAACCUGGGCUGUCUGAGACCUUGGAAACGUCAUGCAAACAACUGUUAUGUUUUAUGUAUACAUGCGUUUUAUGUAUAUUUCAGAGUGUUUCUUAACUCUUAAUGUGGACUUUUUAAAUUUAUUCAAAAUGUGGUCAUGUAUGAAUAAUAAUGUGGUUUAUCACUGUA